AGAAUACAUCACUCGAUCAACGUUAUGCUGCUCAAUUAGAACAACUUGUUUCACUUGGUUUUAUUAAUCAUGAAGAAAAUUUAUAA